AUGCAAGGCGGAGCGUUGGCACUGCUGAUCGUGGGAACCACCGUCUGCGUGCUGGCCGGCGCGGGAAGACCGCGGGGGUGGCGGGGGCAGCUGCCGACCGCCGCUGCACACCACAUGCCGGAGCUGGUGCGGCAGCUGCACCAGACAGAUGGGCCAGUGCAGCUGGUGGUGGACACGGAUGCCGGUGCUGACGAUGCGGUGGCACUGCUGAUAGCACUGGGCACACCAGGUGUCUCUGUGGAAGCCAUUACCUGUGCCAACGGCAACACAGUGCUUGACAAUGUGGUCGCCAACGUCCUCAAGACACUAGACACCGCGGGCAGGCUCGAUAUUCCAGUGUAUGCGGGUGCCUCACAGUCUAUUCUGGAGACACCUGAGUCAGACAACUACUUCGGCGAGGAUGGGUUCGGUGACAUCGAGUACCCAAAUGCACCAGACCCUGCUGAGUACUUGCAGAAGGAGCAUGCUGUUGAUGCUCUCGUUAGGAUAGUCUCGGAGAAUCCAGGGAACAUCACACUACUGGCAUUAGCACCUCUGACCAACAUUGCUUUAGCAAUACGAAAGGAUCCUAGUUUUAUUCAAAAUGUGAAACAAGUUGCUGUUUUGGGAGGCAGUGUUGAGGGUGUUGGUAACAGAAAACCAGGUGUUGAGUUCAACAUAUUCAUGGACCCUGAAGCAGCAAGCAUAGUUUUCAGUUCAUUAGCUGAGAAUACAUCGGAAAGCAAACAAGUCUUAUUAACACCAUGGGAAACAGUUAAUAUGAGAAACUAUAUCACAAUGGACUGGCGAAAGUAUGUACUGGGAGUGGCAAAUAGUUUACAGAUUUCUUUCCUUAAUAAAAUAGAACAUUACCAACUGGAAGCUAAUGAAACAUAUUGGAUAUGUGCUGAUGCACUUUCUGCUGCAGUUCUUCUUAAUCCAAACCUGAUCACAAAAGCUAGCUCGUAUGGUGUCUCCGUGGAAGUCCAGGGGAGAUAUGGAAGAGGUGCAUUCUUUGUGGAUUAUGCUGAAUCAGAAGAGCUCGCCAAGAAUGCCUUAAUUGUACAAGAAAUUAAUGUUCAAUCUUACAAGGAGUACCUUCUAACAACUCUAGUUUAAAAUAGUCACUACAAAUUAAAUGAACAUAGAGUAAGAAAAUGGAUGAUGGUCACUGUGAUGAAAUGUGUGAACAACAUAUUUGUUAUAUUUUAAAAUUAUAGUGAAAGUAGCAACCCACCACAUCUUCACACACACACAGCACUAAGUAUCUAGAGCCAUAAAGCUUGUGAACAAUAAUAGGCAAGUGAAUAUCAUCACUUUUAUGAAACUUAAACAAUUUAAGCAGUGUACACUAGGAAAGUUCCUUGUAGGCACACAUUUUAUCUGUUCUACAUUUAAUAAGCAUUUGGAGUGACAUCUCAUGGCAAUGAUGGGAGCUGCAAGCUACUGUACCCCCAUCUGCCUGAUUGCAGUAUCAGUGUGGUGCAAGCUAUGGCCAUAUGCCAGCCAUCUGACUGCAGUGCUAGUAGAGUACAUUCUACCCACUCACAGAGAAGUUCUCUGUGUGUUAUUGCAACUUGCCACCCAGCCACCUCCAGUGUCAAUCCAGAGUGAGCUUCAUUCUCUGCAUGAUGAUCUCCCAUAUAUCCCUUCACACCCCUUGAACAUCAACUCUGUACCAAAAAUAUGUUGUUAUCUGAUACAUCCUUUACCAUAAGUCAUUUUGGAAGUCAAUGGCAGCAUAUGCUGGCCUGGUUCUACAGUCGGGUGGUUUUAUACCCGGAUCCCAUGCCCACAAACCUUUCUUGUGAAUCAGUCUAGUGAAAACUGUAUCAAUAUCCCCACAGACUUUCAGUGAUUAACUUGAACACACAGAAAGAAAC